AUGGGAGACGACCAUGAUCCUGACUAUUUCUACCGUGAGAAGCCUCGGCGUUUGUUUAAUCUUCCCCCUGACACGUUACCGCCUGAGCCGAUUCUUCCGUCUACCUGGUUCGAGCUUCCACGGGGCUGGUCCCAUUGGUACCCAGCUAUUGUUCAAUGCCCAGCAGUGCCCAUACCAUCUCGUUGGACUGCCUGUAACGAUUAUGGCCGCGAGGAUAAUCAACUCAUGAUUUGUGAUCUGGUAGGGAUCGAACGGACGUUUCCAUAUCCAUUUAGGAAGUAUACCACGGAGCAAAUCAUGAAAAUGCCUGAUGGUAUUCUCUCCGCGGUUAUCACCAACUGGCAUCGUUCUCCGGGCCCAAGUGUCACUCAGGUCGAGGCGGACAUGAUGUGGUUUAUCCAGGGGCUAGAUGGACUGAGAGAUCACGUCCCCAAGGUCCACAAGGUCUUCCGCGACCUUCGCACGAAGCAUAUCUUCAUCAUCAUGGACUACAUCGAGGGCUCUAACCUAUACAAGAUCUGGCCUCAUCUCUCGACUAGCAGGCAGCAUAGCAUAUCCACACAAAUUGCUUCAUUGAUCAAGCUGAUGCAAAAAAUCACCUCUCCGCAUCCCGGUCCGCUAGGAUUGGGCCGCCCCAAAGUGUUUAUACACUCACGACUCACCCCCGUGUUUGAUCUUGACAGGCGGCAAUACGAGGCAUAUAUCAGGCUCUUAAUUGACAUUGUCAAUGCCACACGAGGGCCAUUGGUCGUCCCACUUAGUAGACUAGCGGUAAAUGAACUUGUCCUGGGGAACAUGCAACUGGACCCAGGCAGCUUUAUCCGCGACAAGAAGGGCGAGCUCUGGAUAGUGGGCUGGGACAAGAGUGGCUUUUACGCACCCGAGGCCGAGAUGGCGCUUUGUAUUUAUAUCAUGCCUAACCGAUUCCAACCGAUCAUAUCCAUACUCAGCAGAGACUGGGAAGAUAAACGUGACGAUAUAACUGCGUUGGUGGAGGUGGCCAAAUAUAUCGAUAGAGGCCCUUGA